CCCCAGCUGGGCUUCACGGGGGUCUGCCAGUCCUCUUUUUUAAAAUGGAUACAGCACACACUUCUCAGAGUUAAGAGGCUCCAGCGAGGCAAGAGAUGACAUUUUUGCAUAGAGAAGGCUUUAGACACAGCUUUCACUAAGUGUGGUGGAACAGCAGUGCGGGUGUUCAAGGGCAGCCUUCUGCAAGCUGACAUUUCAGGUCCUGGGUGCUUCUAAGUGCUGCACUCUGCCACCAGCAGACGUCCAGCCAGUGCUGCUUCCAGAACAGGGGGCUAAUGAUAUUUGCCUCUAAAGGAUAUUAGAAUUCAGAGAGCAGAGUGUGUGGAACCCUGGCCGUAGUGCUGCUCUGUGGCACUCUGCUGCUGUGCUGCCUCCUGUUUCCCCAUCCUGGUCCCAGAGACUCUUAAAUUUAUUUAGUUAUUCAUUUGUGUAUGUAUUUCGUGGUGCUGGGAAUUGAACCCAGAGCCUCAUGACACAUCCCUAGCCCCAGGAUUUUAACAUGGCCAUGCUACCCUGGAGGCUAAGGUAGGAGAAUCACAAGUUUGAGGCCAGCCUGAGCAACUUAGCAAGACCCUGUUGCAGUCAAAGGGUGUGUGUGUGAGUACUCAGUGGUAGAGCAAGAGCACUUGCCUGGCAUGUGGGUCCCUGGGUCCAAUCCCCAACACUGCAAAUAAUGAUGAUAAUGUGGCCCAAACUGCCCAUCGUCCCCGCUCCACCCUGACUUCUCCCUCUUGUGUUUCAUUCCAUCUUGCAGUGGACUGCAGCAGUAAGCUAUCCAAGACACCUGGAGUCCUUUCAUGCCCUGCACCCAUGCAGACCACCUUUACCUAAGCAUCAGUCCAGUCCGGGACUGUGGUUACAGGUCAGGAAGUUGGGAACUGGGCUUUCAUUUCCUUGAGGUCUUUUAUAUGCUAGCAAUAAAAGCACUUACCAUUACCAGCACAGGUCAAGGAAGUGACAUUUGCACUGAGACCAGAAUGAAAUGAGGCACUAUCCCAGUGACCACAUGGGGGGAGAGCAUUCUGCACAAGUCCAGAGCACAGGUGUUAACUUGAGGCACUGCAGCAGAGGAGGCCCAGGAGCCAUGGCGGAGUGGGGAGAAGAGUAAGUUGGGGUGUGGGAGACAGAUGGCAGAGUCCACUGCCCAGACUUGGCUUUUCUCCCAGUGAGAUGGGAGUAUUGGAGGAUUCUAAGUGACCUAGGCCCCUGGCUGCAUUUGGAGCAGGGACCAGGAGUAGCUGCUGCAAGAAUCAGCAGAUGAUGGUGGCUGGAUCCAUGUGGUGGUGGUGGUGAAAUCUGGGUUAGGUAUUGAAGGCAAUGUGAAAGCAAGAGGGGAGCAUGGGUCAGUGGAGGUAUCCCCACUGAGCUGGGGGAAGAUUGCAGGAGGAGAGCUGGGGGAGACAUGUUUAUGACCCGUGCUUUGUCUAGGCCUGAGAUUCCAAGUUCUAGCGUCAUGCAUAGGUACAGAAAGUGCCAGUCCUCGGGCAACUUCAGGAAAUGAAGUAGGAUGUACCUCAAAUGCUGUUAAGUAACAGAGAGUACCUGAUGAUGGCAGUUAAUCUGAUGUCCACAAUGCAUGGGGGCUGGGGUUGUGGCAGAGCACUUGACUGGCAUGUGUGAGGCAUUUGUUCAGUCUUCACCACAUAAAAAUAAAUAGAUGUGUCCAUCUAUAACUAAAAGAUCUCUUUUUAAAAUGCCUGUGGAUUGAACUUCGUUAAAAUGUCUUAGUAAAUUUGUACAUUUAUUUUAAAUAAAUACAUUAAACAUACUUGAAUAUUAUUUAUAUAUAAAUAUAUAUAACCAAAAAUAAGUACAUAUUUGAAUAUUGUCAUCUGCAAUGAUAAAAGUGCUUAGAGUUAGCUGGGCACGGUGGCACACACCUGUAAUCUCAGCUACUGAGGAGGCUGAGGCAGGAGGAUGGCGAGAUCAAAGCCAGCCUCAGCAAGGGCGAAGCACUAAGCAAGUCAUUGAGAGCCUGUCUCUAAAUAAAAUACAAAGUAUGGCUGGGGACGUGACUCAGUGGUCGAGUGCCCCUGAGUUCAAUUCCCGGUACCAAAAAAAAAGUGCUUACAUUCAGUUUGGCCAAAAAUAAAAUAUUUUUUCGUAGUGGAAAACUGACCAGUUUCUUGUGUUCAGGAACACACAGCAUUGUACUCAAGCACUUACGAACCAGCCCUCAGCUGGAACUGUGGGGUCACACGUCAUUCAGAUUUAAUCGCAGACUGGUAAGUCUUCAUGGUACAGGAUCAGUAAGUGGGAGCUAUUUAGUAAACAAUAAGUCGCUUCCUAAUUCAUGAAGAAACUAGAAACCAUGAUCCGGAGGAGUAUCUGGACCUUUCCUCCUUUCUCCUCGGUGCCUUUCCCUCUCCCCAUCACCUCAGUGUCCUGCUGCUGCUUUUCCCAGAUGCACAGUAAGAGUGAGGAAGUCACGCCCGCCUCUGCAUGCAACCCAGCGUCCCACCACUCACAGCGCGUCUGUCCGGCUGACCGUCCUCACACUCCUGCUCAUCUCCCAGUCUUGCUCCUCUGCACAAGACUGUGCCUGACUUGUGCACCUUGGCCUUCCAUACUUACCUCUGAGUAGACUGAAAAAAUAUUCCUAGAAUCGAAAUGGAACUACAUGGGGACAUUUUCCACCGGAUAUUUUCUUUCCAUGGUGAUUGCUUCGUCCAGAAUGAGAGCCAGACAGUGGUAAGGAGAGCCUGAAGGGGGCAGCAUCUCUCUGAGGAAGUAAGUCCUCAAAAUGAAACCAGAACUUGGAAGACAGAGGAGGCCAGACUCCUGGACAGGCUAAGGUGGCUGCCUACCCAGGUUCUCCAUAAGGUCCCUGCCCCCCCACUUCCCUUUUUCUUUUCCCCCACCCCCGUACUGGAGCUUGAUCUUGGGUACUCUACCACUGAGCUACAUCCCCAGCCUUUUUUUUUUUUUCUUCCUUUUGGAGACAGUCUGAGAUACCCAGGCUGUCCUCGAGUUUAUGAUCCUCCUGCCCGAGCCUCCCACUUCACUGGCAUUACAGGUGUGCCUCACUGUGCCCCACUCCCCUCCUGCCUUUUUUAAAAAAAUAUAUAUAUAUAUUUUUUUAAGUUGUAGAUGGACACAGUACCUUUAUUUUUAUGUGGUGCUAAGGAUCAAACCCAGGGUCUUGCACGUACUAGUCGAGUGCUCUACUGCUGAGCCACAGCCACAGCCCUCCCCUCCUGCCUUUAUUCCUCUCCUAUCAUCUCCUGGCCUUCCACUGUGCCUGCUGCCUACCCCGUGAGGCUCAGCUGGGCGCCAGGAAUAGAGGAGUGAGGGUGAUGCUCAUCCUCUUCAUUCCUGGUUCCUGACAAUUUUGUUUGAUCCUUCUCUGGCUCCUGAAAGGUGAUCCAAACAUUCAAGUUAUAUCAGAAAAGCGGGUCUCAAUCUCAGCCAGCCCUGCAGGAGGGAUGCUGACCACAUUCCUGUUGCUUGGCCAAGGGGGCGGAGGCCAGAGAGGGAAGGAGUCCUGGAGCCAGAAAGUGAAUGACUUCUAGUACAGUCCUGAGCUCAGACCUGCAGCCUCCAGCACAGACUGCAUGGGGUCUCCUGUCCCAGUAUCUGCAUUCAGUAGGUGUGACCUGACAAAUUAUUCUAAUCUCUUUGUUCUUGGGUUCUCAUCUGUAAAAUGAGACUUUACAAAAAUGUCUUUCUCAUAGUGUUGUAGGGACCCAGUAGAAUAAUCCAUGGAAAGCACUAGAACAGAGCCUGACACAGAAUCAGUGUGUAACAAAUGUGAGCUACUGGGUGGGAGUGUAUGGUGGAGCGCUUGCCUAGCAUUCCUGGGCCUGGAUUCCAUUUCUAGUACCACUAAAUAAAUAGAGAUGAGCAACCAAUGUCACCAUUGUUUGUCUCAUCCCUUCCUGAGACCUCUUAAUGCCUAGUCCCACCCAAGAAGGCAAGUUGUGGCUGGGCAAGGUGGCACACACCUAUAAUCCCAUUAACUGGAGGCUGAGGCAGGAGGAUUGCAAGUUCAAGGCCAGCCUCAGCAAUUCAGUGAGGCCCUAAGCAACUUAGCAAAACCCUAUCUCAAAGAUAAAAAAUAAAAGGCCGGGGCUGUAGCUUAGUGGCAGAGCACUGGCCUAGCAUGUGUGAGCUGAUGGCAUGUUCUCCAGCACCUCUGUGGUUCCUGGCAAGGAAACACACCUGGUGUCUCAAGGAAACGUCAGGCAAGUCCAAAUUGAGAGUGUCAGUCUGCAAAACAGCUGGAACUCCUCCAAGACGUCAGGCUCUGUGAGGACUAGAGAGGUGUGACAGAAGGGCCUUGGAUUCUGGGUUGGAAAGGAUGUUAUGGGGGCUGGGGCUAAGGCUCAGUGGCCAAGGGCUUGCCUGGCACGUGGGAAGCCCUGGGUUCCAUCCUCAGCACCACAUAAAAAUAAAUAAAAUAAAGACAUUGUGUCCAUCUAUAAUUAAAAACUAUUAAAAAUAGGAUGUUAUUGGGACAAUUGAUUGUGGACGAUGGUAUUAUACUGUAUCAAUGCUGGGUUUCCUGACUUUGAUACUUUUACCAGUUAUGUAGAGAAUGACCUUGUUCUUGGCAGAUUUGUAUUUAUACCCUAUAUUUAGGGUAUAAAUAUACCUACAUGGGUAAAAGGUCCUGACAUCUCUGGUCAACCCAGAUGUUUCCAAAAAUAGUAUAUGUAAAUAAAUACACAUACACAAGGAGUUAGGGCAUGACAGAGCAAAUAAGCACAGUGUUAAGAAUUACAAUGCGUGGCCUGGGGUUGUGGCUCAGCAGUAGAGCACUCACCUUGCUCGUGCAAGACCCUGGGUUUGAUCCACAGCACCACAUACAGAAAUGAACAAGUGAAAUAAAGGUGUUGUGUCCAACUACAACUAAAAAAAUAAAUAUUUUUUUAAAAAGAAUUACAAUGCAAAAAUUAUAAUGCAACUUUUUUUUUUCAACACUGGGGGUGGACCCCAGGGGCGCUCUACCACUGAGCUACAUUCCCAGCCCUUUUUAUUUUUUAUUUUGAGACAGGGCCUCUCUAAGUUACCUAGGCUGGCCACCAACUUGCAGUUCUCCUAUCCCGGCCUCCAGAGUAGCUGUGGUUACGGGUGUGUGCUACUAUGCCCAGUCUGCGAUGCAACUUAAAAAAAAAUAACAACAGGGAAAGAAAAAUACAAGCAAAAGUGAAUCCGCUCCUCUCCACCUGACAGCCUUCAAGACCCCCUCAGCAGAGGCCGUGGUGGCGCACACCUGUGAUCCCAGCUAUGCAGGAGGCUGAGGCAGGAAGAAGGCAAGUUCACCGCCAGCCUAGGCAACCUACCGAGGGGGACGAAGUGCUUGCCUAGCGUGUUCGAGGCCCUGAGUUCCAUGCCAGUACCAAAAAGCAAACAAAAACCAUUAUAGUCGAUAUUAGAAUUUUUUUUUUUAAGAGAGAGAGAGUUUCCCAAUAUUUUUAUUUUUUAGUUUUCGGCGGACACAACAUUCCUGUAUGUGGUGCUGAGAUUCGAACCCGGGCCACAUGCAUGCCAGGCAAGCACGCUACCGCUUGAGCCACAUCCCCAGCCCAAUAUUAGAAUUCUUACAGAUCUCUGGGUCACCAUAUUUUUUGGUUGAACUUAAAGUGGUUGAUGCUUUAGCUCCCAUCUGUAGCCCCCGACUUUCACUCUGUCACCUGCCAGCAUCAUUCAGUGUUAAGACAUUAUUUUAGCCUGAUGCUUCCUUGUAAGGAAGGAGCACACUUAAUUUUUCAAUGGGCAUUUAGGUCGUUUCCAGUUUGACGUGUGAUCGACCACGUGUGAACACCUCUGCAGACACCGCACAUCUUUGCCAGCUUGACUGGCUAUUUUGUAUGUAGAGCUGCUGGGUCAAAAAGAGGAAGGGUGAGAGAGAGAGACUGGGAGAGUCUGGGGAGAUAGAAAGACAGGGACACACCUAAGGAGGGACAGUGAGAGAGAGAGAGACAGAGGUGGAGAGAGAGGAGAUAGCAAGGUGGGAAGGUGGGGAAGGGAGGGUGCUGCUCUCCCGGGAGACCGAAGGGGCCUGGGGUUGCCAACUGCAUCCCUCAGGAAUGCAGGCAGGACAAAAGCAAGUUUUAGGAACACACCCUACAGAUAAAUUGUAGAUGAGGUCAGAGUAUUGUUCUGAAAAGCAAAAGAUGAGAAAUAAGCUAACUGCCCAUCAACAGGGGACUGGUUCUAGAUUGUGCUCUAAAUGCUGAUAGGAAUCAAUUUCCAAGCAAGGCCACCAGAUUUAGCAAAGAAACCUGGAGGCCCAGUUAAAUUUAAAUUUCAGAGAGCUGUGUAUGUUCUGUGCAGUCUUAUGCUAAAAACCUUUGUUGUUUAUCUGAAAUUAGAUUUUACUGGGCAUCUUAUUUUAUCUGCAACACUAUCUCAAGAUAAGUGAGAAAAGCCAGUUGAAGUCAGGAGAGGGGCUGCUCUUGGGAGGUGUGCACGUGCCUGUCUGCCUGCCUGCCCGGAGGGCUGCUGAGGUGACCCUCACCUGGUAGGUGUAAGGGCAAAGGGGCUUCUCUGGGCUCAGGACUGUAGUGGUUGGACUAGGCUGUACCUGGGAUCCGUGCUCUGCCAUCAUUUGUACACAUGUGGUAAGUGUUAAUAUAUUUUUUAAAAAAUGUGAAAAACAUGGGCUGGGGCUCAGUGGUAGAGCGCUUGCCUAGCGUAUGUGAGGUUCUGGGUUUUAUCCCCGGCCCCACAUGGAAAAAAAAAAGUGAAAAAGAGACCACAAUUUUCCAUUUGAACAUUUCUAAUUUUUUUCAGUUGAAAGGAAUUGGACCCAGGGGUGCUGGACCACUGAGCUAUCUCCCCAGCCCUUUUUAUUUUUUAUUUUGAGACAAUGUCUUGCUAAAACUGGCCUCCAAUUUGCAAUCCUCCUGCUUCAGCCUCCCUAGUGGCUGGGAUUAGAGGUGUGCGCCACCAUCCCUGGCUUUUGUUGGCUUUUUUUGUGUUCACUGAGGCUUAAACCGGGGACCUUGAGCGUCCUAAGCAUGUGCCUGCAUCUCCACAUCCCCUCCUUGGCAGUAGUGCUCAUCCUCUGUGGUUCAGAGCUCUCUAGAAGUGAGCAAGGCGGCCAUCCAUGACAGAGGGGAGGAGACCCAGCGGGUACUUUUAGCCUCCUGCCAGGCAGGCAGAGGAACAGCUCUACCAACCCUGGCUGAAGCUGGAAGCAAGUGGUCUGAGAGGCCGGGGGCACACCCAGCAACCCGCCACCAUGCAGCUGCCAGGGGACCACCUGGGGACCACCUGGGGACCACCUGGGGAAGGUGUGCUCUACCUGAGAUUCCAAGGGUUGCUCAGCCUGAGCUCAGCCGGCCCCUCCCAGGUGUGAGCAGGGUGGCAGGUGUAUCUUGCAGGUGCAGAGAGCCCGGCUUUGUGCUCCGCCCACCCACACACAUCCACCCUCCAGGCCCUGGGGAACUUCCGUUUUCCAAGGUGACCCCCGAGCUUUCUCCUUUUUUUUUUUUUGAAUAUAUAUAUUUGAAAAUUUCUAAUUUGUUCAGUCGAAGGGAUUAGACCCAGGGUUUUUUUCUUUUUUCCUAGAUGGAUACAAUACCUUUUUACUUAUUUUUAUGUGGUGCUGAGGAUGGAACCCAGUGCCUCACACUUGCCAGGGGAGCGCUCCACCAUCGAGCCCCAGCCCAGCCCCCUUUCUCCUCUUUUUUGACAAAUGGGCAAUAUGGCCGCCCUGUGCUAUAUUAACUGGUCCUUAUGUGGGCCACUCUGGGAUGCUGUGGGGACACCUGUGCAAAUGAACCUCACACAUUUCAAGUCCUCUGCAAAUGGAAGGAGAAUGGCUCCUAUGUCUUCCUGAGAGCCAGCUCUGGGCCACGCCCAGGACUUGAAUCCUGACCCAGAAACUUCCCUGGGAGUUUGAUUUACUGGGCAAGGCCCAAGGCUGACUCUGUUUUCAGACAAAUGAGAGACCCUGGGUGAGGCUUUGUUGUUUAAAUCAGGGAUGAAGGGCAAGUGGAGCCCUGACACACAGGAACUUUCCCUGGGCGAUAUCUUCCUUCCAGUCACCAUUAACUCGCCAACUCUUGAUUGAUCCCUUCACUGAUUAAUGAUCUAAUCAACAGAGACCAGCUCACCUGAUAAAGAGCUUUUAGAAAUGAGAAAUUCAUCGACUUGGUGAUCAAAAGGACUUGAAAAGUGGUUCAAAACACCGAGAAACUGAAACUGAUUCAGAGUAUGUAAAAAAGAUGGCGCCUGCCAGGCAGCUCGGGAGGCUGAGACUGGAAGUUCAAAGCCAGCCCCAGCAAGAGUGAGGCCCAAGCAACUCAGGGAGACCCUGUCUCUAAAUAAAAUACAAAAUAGGGCUGGGGACGUGGCUCAGUGGUUGAGUGCCCCUGACUUCAGUCCCUGGUGCCUCCCCGCAAAACACUGCUCACAUGAAAUGCAAAUCUCCGCUAGAAGACCCAGGUUCCCUUCUCAGACAGGCAAAGAUAAAAAAAAAAAAAAAAAUUAGACAGCUAGGCGUGGUGGCGCAGGCCUGUAAUCCCAGCAAAUCGGGAGGAUGAGGGCCAGGAUGACGUCUGAGUCCAGCCUCAGCAAAUUAGUGGGCCCUAAGCAAUUUAGUGAGAUCCUGUCUCAAAAUAAAAAAUAAAAAAGGGACUAUAGUUCAGAGAUAAGGCAUCCCCGGGUUCAAUCCCUAGUACAAAAAUAAUAAUAAUAAUAAUAAUAAUAAUAAUAAUAAUAAUAAUAAUAGAAAAAGACAAUAGUCUGUGUCAGCUAUUUUGAAAAGGAGCCCUCAAUUCCUGCUUGAAAUAUAAUUUAGUUUAACCUUUUUGGAAGACAUUUAGACCUGGAGUGCAAAAAUAUGUGUAUAAGCCAUUUAUUGAAAAUUCCAUGUUAUUUGUAGUAUCAAAAGAAAAUUGUAAUCUAACCUAAAUGCCCAUCACGAGUCCCUUUGUGGGAUAGUUGUGUGGUUCUGGCAUAAUCCAUGCUCUAAAAAGGAUGCAGCGCCAAUGCUUGUGAUACCAGCCAUUCAGGAGUCUGAGGCAGGAGGAUCAGCAAGUUCAAAGCCAGCCUCAGCAACUUAGUGAAGCCCAAAGCAAUUUAGUGAGACCCUGGACUCAAAAUAAAAAAUAAAAAUGUCUACAGAUGUAGCUUAGUGGUUAAGUGUCCCUGGGUUCAAUCUACAGUACCAAAAUAAAAUAAAAAGGGCUGUGGAUGUAACUCAAUGGUAAAGCCUCCUGGGUUCAAUCCUUGGUACCCCCCCUCAAAAAAAAAAAAAAAAAAGACACUGGGAAAAAUAGUACUGAAGGUUUUUCUUUGGUUGUUGAUUGUAAGUCACAUUUUCAGUUUUGCUUUUCAUGGUGGAUUGGCAUCUGUAGAAAAUGCAGAUGUCGCAGGUGUGGUGGCCCAAGCCCAGCAGCUCCAGAGGCUGAGGUAGGAGGAUAGCAAGUUCAAAGCCAGCCUCAAUGGGCUGGGGUUAUUGCUCAGUAGCCGAGUGCUUGCCUAGCAUGUGCGAGGCACUGGGUCCGAGCCUCAGCGCCACAUAUAAAUAAAUAAAGGUAUUGUGUCCCUCUACAACGAAAAAUUUAAAACAACAACAACAAAAAGGCCAGCCUCAAACUUAGCGAGGCCAUAAGCAAUUUGGCGAGACCCUAUCUCAAAAAAUAAAAAGGCCUGGGGUGUGGCUUAAUGGUUAAGUGUCCCUGGGUUUAAUCCCUGGUAGGAAAGCAGGAAAGAAAAGGAGGGAGAGGGAAAGAAAAUGCAAAUGUCUGUUCAGAUUUAUCUUCCUUCCAGAGCCUUGUCUGGUCACAUAAAAUAGUCCGGGACCCCUCUCCAAAACAACUGAUUGAUUUUCACCCCCAUGAAAGGUCCCCGGGAGGCGCUUCGGCCAGCAGAGGACGCCAGAGGUCCGCGACCAGGACAGUGGGGCAGACCUGGGGCAGGAGCAACUCCGCGAGACCCUCUCCCAAAAUAAAAUAAAGGGCUGGGCAUGUGGCUCAGGGCCUCAAUUCCUGGUAAAUAAACAAACAAAGAAAUAAAAAUAAAAACAAAAAAAGUCACUUCGGCUUCCCCUGCAAGAAGGGCCACGCCCUCGCCCUCGCGCAGACCCGCCGCUCGGGGAGCUGGCCCCGCCCCCGGGAGGGCGGGGGUCACGGGGUGGAGUCCCUCCGACCUGUGCUGAGCCCAGGAGGGUGCUGCUCCGCCUCCUGAUCCGCCCGGGUCCCCACGCCCUCCCUCCCCAGCGCAGGUGCUGGAACCCUUGGGGGAAAAUGGAAAACGAGGCAGUGGGUGCUUGGAGCUUGUGGGGGCCCGUGGCUGGUUUACCCUUCCCCAAAUCCUCACGUGAUGGGAGCCACUUUGUGACCCAGCUAGGAAAAGGUGGGGUUUGAAAUCAUUCAACAAACACCUGAUUGAGGCUCCGCUACCUGCUACCUGCUUUGAAGAUAACAGAAUAGGAUAAUUGGGUAGAAACUGGGUGCUGAGGUGGGGUGGGGUCUUGCUUUAGCGAAACUCCCUGAAGGAGGUGACUUAGUAACUAACUCUCCUCCCGCUCUUCACUCUCUCCCUCCCUCCCUCCCUUCUUUCUUCUUUGGAACUCAAACCCAGGGCCUCGCACAUAUUAAGUGUGUGUGCUCAUGUGUCCUAAGUUAUAUCAUUCACACCUAACGGGGUUGGAUGAUCUGUGUACAGUUUAAAGAUUAAUAAUAGGCUAGGGGUGUGGCUCAGUGAUAAAGCACCCGCCUCCUGUGUACAGGCCCCUGGGUUCAGUCUCCAGAACUUCCAAAAAGAAAGAGAGAGACACUAAUAAUAAAGAUGCUUCCCUGAUUGGAAAAGAGAACAUCACCAGAAUUCUAAACCUCCCGUGCAACCUCUUUUUAGCUCCUCCUUUCCCAGCCUAACCCCAUUCAGAAUUUUGUAUUAAACAUUUCCUAGUUUGCUUUUUUAGUUUGAGACAGAGUUGCUUAGGGCCUUGUUAAAUUUCUGAGGCUAGCUUUGAACUAGUAUCUUCCUUCCUCAGCUCCAGAUCUCUGCUUUUCUUUAUAGUUGCACUGCCUGUGUAUGUGUGGAUCCCUAAAUAAUUCGGGGGUGAGUGUGCCGGCAUUUGGCCCACAUGUAAAUCCAGCCAUCUGUGAUGCAUUGGUUUCUAACUUCUUUUGUUCAACAUUAUGUUUUUGAGAUUCAUCUCUGUUGUUGCAUGGAGUUGUAGUUCACGUGUAAUUCAUCUUUAUGGGUAGAAUUCUUUUGUAGGAUUGCAUUACAGUUUUUUUUUAUACACAUAUUUUUAGAUGUUGAUGGACCUUUAUUAUUUAUUAUAGGUGGUGCUGAGACUCAAAUCCAGUGCCUCACACAGGCUAGGCAAGCGCUCCACCACUGAGCCACAAACCCAGCCCCUUCCAGUUUUCUUAAUCCACUCUUCUGUUGAUAAACAUUUGGGUGGUAUCCAUUUCUUUUCUUUUAAAAUAGGACCAAGGGUACAAUGACCCUUCUCUUGUUUGGUCUGGUUUGGGGCUGGGCAGCAGUUCUUAACUUUGGCUGCUCUUUAGAAGAAUCAGGGAGAUGUUUCAAAAUGCUCAUGCCAGAAGCCCCACCCCCAGAUAAUCAAAUCAGGAUGUGGGGGUGGGGUGGGGUGGGGCCCAGGCUUAAGUAUUUUUAAACACUCUGUAGGGAAAUCUACUGUGCACCAGCCAGGGCUGAGAACCCCUGGGAGGCCCCCGUUGCUGGGAGAGGAGUCACCUGUUACUGAGGUCAAACUUUUCCCAAGUAGUUGUGCCCAUUGACACUCUGGCUAGCCCUCACAUCCUCAUCAACACUUGAUAUUGACCAAAUUUUUGCUUUUUGUCCUUCUGGUGAGUGUGAAAUGACAUCUCACUGUGGUUUCCAUUUGCAUUUCUCUCAUUACUAAUGAGGGUGACUGCUUAGUGAAAUUGCUGCUGGAACAAAGAAUGAAAGAAAAGGUAGCCAGGUGAAGAUCUAUGGGAGAGAGAUUUGGUGAGAAGGGAGGUUGAACAGCAGGUGCCAAGGUCCUGUGGUGGGAAAGGGCUGGGAUAUGGGAGGAACAGAAGGAGGUUGGGUGAAAUCAUUGUUGCAUGGGGGAGGAAGAGAGCUGAAGAGAAGGUGAGCAGGGAUUGGAUCAGCAGGACCGAGCUGUCAUGGCAAGGAUCUGGGCUUUUCCUCUGAGUGAGGGUUGUGGUGGUGGGGGCAGUCUGCUGCUCCCUCUGGCUCCAAGUGGAGACUCCUGUGGAACUGAAGGGCUGUGGAGGGCGAUGUGUUCUGCAUCCCUCACCAGUCAGAGGAGGGAGGAUGAUUUCUUCUCAGUUGCUAUCCCAGCACCUAGUGACACUUGUCCUGCCUGUCUUCUUGUUGGUGUGGGGAAGACUUAGAGGUUGUCAUGAUUCUGCCUUCCAAGGGAAAACCAGUACCAUGGGCCUUGGGAUUUGUUUCUGUGGCCACCCCAGGGCCUGACACACCUCACAGGGGAGCUGGAACCCAAGUACAGCUCUCCCUCACCUGGGCCCAUCCCACAUGCCAAUCAGACAGUGUCCUCUGUGGAGCUGUCUUGGAUCCUUCAGACACGGGGCCUCUGAUUCUCAGGUGAAGGGACUUGCCUCUGCCCUAGGCUUGCUGCUGUCUCUCGGCUUGCCCAUGGCCAUCUUUCCCAAUGAAACUCUAAACAGGUCCCUCCUCCGCUGCAAAUCCUUCCUUGGCUCCCCAGUGCCCUUGAGGCAAAGUCCAAACUACUGCGAAGCCCUGGAGGCGGGCAAAUCUGAUUCCUCCCACCCCCGGGAGCAGCGCUCAGUGGCUCUGCAGUAGUUACUGAUUCUUACCUCGGGCCUUCCCCCUCCAAAUUUCUUCACUUCCUCUGGAAAGUCGGGCGCCUCCACCCCGUCAGGUGACCAGCCUCUAGACUGUCACAGCGUCCUGUCUCUCCCCCAGCCCCCCUCCAUCUAGCCCACCUCCCUUUGCGUUAUAAUCCUCUGUUUACUUCGUCUGUCUCCCCCGCCGACCGACCGAGGAGCUCCCCUUGGGGAGAGACCCUGGUGCAGCCGCAGCGGACUCCAGGGACAGUGCCUGGCUCCUAGAGGGCGAAGUGCAGGGACGAGCGCAUUUUGGCCACACGAUGCCAGACUGCUUUGCAAAAAGCCGGUGGCCCUUCACGUUGCCAGCAGCCACGGCGAGGGCCGGUUUCCUCGCAUCCGCCCCAGCAGUGUGCACUGUCUCUCGUCUACGCCACGCUGUUUGCGAGGUGCCGGCAGGAGGAGGACCUCUCCGCCCGCUUCCAGAGCCCGGGGCGCGGGCAGGUUCGGAAGGUCGGGUAUUGGGGUCCCAGGCACCAGAGGCGCUCACACGCGGGGCGCUGAGUCGGCGAGCACCGGGCGUCCCGCCCCGACAGCCUGCCUCGGAGGAGUGGAACCAGCCCGGAGCCGGGCUCCCAGCGCCACGCGGCGCGAACCCAGCGGGUCCCCCGAGCACCUGCUUGGGGCGUGGCCUUUGGUGGACGCGCGCCUCCGAUUGGUGCGGCGUUGACAAAGGGGCGUGGCGCUAGUGGCCCCGCCCCGAGGCUGGGGUAUUUAAAGAGGCAGCGGGCUUCUUCACUCACAGCGCCGCUGCACGGCCUCGCGGGUGGUGUUCCCUGCGGCCCCUGCGCGACCCGGCGACCCCGGCUGCUUCAGCCACCAUGCCGCGCUCUUUCCUCGUCAGGAAGCCCUCGGUCCCUCGCCGGAAGCCCAAUUACAGCGAGCUGCAAGACUCUUCUCCCGAGCUCACCUUCCAGCAGCCCUACGACCAGGCCCACCUGCUGGCUGCCAUCCCGCCUCCUGAGGUCCUCAACCCCACCGCCUCGCUGCCCACCCUCAUCUGGGACUGUCUCCUAGCGCCGCACACGCAGCCCAUUAGCUGGGCCUCCCUGCAGCCCCAGGAGAACCCCCAGGCAGCAGAGCUGACCUCCCUGUCUGAUGAGGACAGUGGGAAGGGCUCGCAGCCCCCCAGCCCACCCUCUCCAGCUCCUUCCUCCUUCUCUUCCACCUCCGCUUCUUCCCUGGAGGCUGAGGCCUACAUUGCCUUCCCAGGCUUGGGCCAACUGCCCAAGCAACUGGCUCUGCUCUCCGUGGCCAAGGACCCCCAGUCUCGCAAGGCUUUCAACUGCAAGUACUGCAACAAGGAAUACCUCAGCCUGGGCGCCCUCAAGAUGCACAUUCGGAGUCACACUCUCCCCUGUGUCUGUGCAACCUGUGGGAAGGCCUUCUCCAGGCCCUGGCUGCUGCAGGGCCAUGUCCGGACCCACACUGGUGAGAAGCCCUUCUCCUGCCCCCACUGCAGCCGGGCCUUCGCUGACCGCUCCAACCUGCGCGCCCACCUGCAGACCCACUCAGACGUGAAGAAGUACCAGUGCCCGAGGUGCGCCCGCACCUUCUCCCGCAUGUCCCUGCUGCACAAGCACCAGGAGUCGGGCUGCUCGGGUGGCCCCCGCUGAGCCUGCCACCGCCCCAGCUGCCUCCCCCAUCCAGGAGGAAGGCGCCCCAUCCGUCGUCCCGCCACGGAAGCCGCCGAUGCCUGGCUGCGAUGCCCCCGUGGACUUUGCAGGCUGCUGACUGGUGUUGCGCCCCGGGGGCCUCAUGGGCUUUGAAGGAGGCCUCUCCGGGCCUUCCUGUGGACAGUGGACCGAAGAUGGCCUUGGAGCUGCUUCCUGGGCCUUCCCCAGUUGGCCUCUGGGCUCGUGUCUCCAGAGCUGUGUGGAUUCAGCUGCUGAGCAACAGGACAGAGCGGACAGAUGGAGCUCCCCCACCCCACUUAGGAGACUGCUCCCCUCCCUGUGCUCCCCACAAGGAUCCCUCCACCACCUUCCAGAGGUGUGACUGACUAUGCAACAAUCCCGCCCCCACGCACAUCUGUGGGGCACUGGAGGGCAGCUUCGAACACAAGGAUGGACCGGAGGACACUCGAGAUGCCCCUGGCCCUGGGCAGCUAUUUAGCCUCCUGUUUGUCCUGGUGACACCUGCUUCACGGGCAAUUUAACAAUGUCUCAAAAGGGACUGUGAGUAAUGGCCUUGCCUGUUGGGCUGAGUAGGGUGCUUCGGCCUGACCAGUUUGUCUCCCAGAAUGUUCCGGGGCCCUGACAGGCAGGCCUACAAGGACGAUGUUUACAUUUUUAAAGGUACACUGGUGUGUAUAUUGCAAGUGACAUUUUGUAUUAAGGAAACAUUUUGUAUAGUUAUAUAUACAGCUUAUUGAUAUUCAA